AUGGAGUUGCUUGUAGCAGGAUUUGACGACAUCAAGUUCAAUGUUGAAAUAGCUUUAGACGAACAACAUGGGGCUUUACCUCUGCCGUUUAAUGGAAUGGACAAAUCUAUCGCCGCAGUUUGUUCAUUUUAUCCAAAAGGUUCCUGUUCUAAAGGAGCAUUAUGUCCAAUGAGACAUGUACGAGGCGAUCGAACUGUUGUUUGUAAACAUUGGUUACGUGGUUUGUGUAAAAAAGGGGAUCAGUGUGAAUUCUUACACGAAUAUGACAUGACUAAAAUGCCUGAAUGUUAUUUCUAUGCUCGAUUUAAUGCUUGUCAUAACAAAGAAUGUCCAUUUUUACAUAUUGAUCCUGAAAGUAAAUUAAAAGACUGUCCAUGGUAUGAUCGAGGAUUUUGUCGCCAUGGCCCACAUUGUAAACAUAAACAUGUUCGCCGUGUACUUUGUAUGAAUUAUGUUGCUGGAUUUUGUCCGGAUGGUCCGAACUGUAAAUUUGUUCAUCCUCGAUUUGAACUUCCGGCAUAUCAACAAUAUGAUGCCAACCAAAAAGAUUCAAAAAAACUUGUAGUAAUAUGUCAUUUUUGUGGUGACACUGGGCAUAAAGCUAUGUACUGUCAUAAAAUGGUAUCAGAUCUUGUAAAAAUUAAACCAGAGCUGGAGGUCAACAAUGAACCAUUGCCAACAAAUGCUCAAGCAGGAUUUGCUAGAAAAUUGAAACCACUAGAAGAAGUUACAUGCUAUAAAUGUGGAUUUAAGGGUCAUUAUGCCAAUAAGUGUCCAAAGGGGCAUUUAGCUUUUUUAUCUUUGCAACAAAACCAGGCACUCCAGAACAACCAAGGUGCAUGA